GGCAAGGAUGGAAAACCCAGACUCGAGAUGGGGUUAGUAGAAAUAGGAGGAGAAGGCCAUGCCUCCGUUUCCCCCAAGGCUGGAGCAAGAGGUGCAGAGGGACGCACCAGUCCUCCAGGGUGGAUAACACCCAGCCCUCUUUGAGUCUCUUUUACAGCUGCUAUUUGGUCACGAGGCAACACGUACUCAUAUUGUUUAUCUUUUGUGUUCAUCAGGAGCAGUCCCUUAUUUUCUUUAACAGCCAUUUUCUUUCAGUCGGGACGGACAAACGACAAGACUCUCCUUGAAGAGUUAAGUUAAGCUCAGUCUUUAUUACAAACUUGGCUUUCUUAUAUAUAUAAUCUUUUGUUCACGCUCCGUUCACGCGUUCUUUCUACGCAUUCAAUUGGUUAGGUGACAUAGCACACGCGCUCGUAGCUACAAUACGAUUGGUUAUUGAAAUCCUGUUCACAUUGCUCAAAAUCUGGCUUUCUCACAGCCUAACUCUCGUUGUUCUCUCAAGCAAUCUUCUUCUUUCUCCUUUUUGUUACAUUGUCCUUAUAUGAUGCAACUGGCGGCCUUCUUAUGGGUACACUGCAAUCUCUAUCUCUUCUGUCAAGGGGUCUACGGACCCGCCAUAUCCCCCAACAUUGGUCAAUUUUUGGUCACCUGUCCUGAUGGGGAAUCCAAAGGGAAACCUCUUCCUGUAUCUCCCCACCCUUCCCCACUAGAUAAGGCCACACUCAGCAGGAAAAAGCGGUGGGGUCGCGGAAGAAGGGGGUCGGGGGAUGUCUCCCAAGGUGGGUGCAGCUCUGAAACGGCCCGGGCAGCUGGGAGGAGGUGAGGGUUUUCCGUUGCAUUGUUUGUUUUUCGUUGUUGUUCCUUCACUUAUUAAACCAUCUCUGUCUUGCCUGCUCGGAGUGUUUGUUCUGAGCUGAUGGCUUUCACUUUCGCCUCUGACUCACUUCCUUUCCCGGAAGAGGGGGGAGGUGCAGGCCCAGGGCACAGGACAAAGGCGGGCAGGAGCCAGGCUGCAGCAAAGCUCUUGCAGCCCAGGGCAGGCGACGAAGACGACGGAAUAGGAGGGGAGGUGCAGGCCCAGGGCACAGGACAAAGGCGGGCAGGAGCCAGGCUGCAGCAAAGCUCUUGCAGCCCAGGGCAGGCGACAAGACGACGUCUCCUCUCCAGGCUGUGUUUGCUGUCAGCGAUGGCAUCUGAAAUCCACGUGCCGGAGCCCGUGUGCCUCAUUGAGAACACGCAGACGAAGGGGCUGGUGGUCCAGCAGGAGGCCCUGCAGGUGCUGUCAGGGAUCACCCAGCCCGUGGUGGUGGUGGCCAUCACAGGGCUGUACCGCACUGGCAAGUCCUACCUCAUGAACAGGCUGGCUUGUCAGAGGAAAGGUUUCUCCUUGGGCAGUGGUGUGCAGUCCCACACCAGGGGUAUCUGGAUGUGGUGUGUACCUCACCCGUGCAAGCCUGGACACACUCUGGUGCUGCUGGACACGGAAGGGCUGGGUGAUGUGGAGAAGGGUGACAUGAAGAACGACAUGUGGAUCUUUGUGCUAACCAUGCUGCUCUCCAGCACCCUGAUCUACAACAGCAAAGGCACCAUUGACCAGCAAGCCGUGGACCAGCUGCACUAUGUGAUGAAGCUGACUGAGCAGGUCAAGUUGAAAGCAGCACCCGAGCAGAGCGAAGAUGAACUGGAGGAUUCAGAAAACGUUGCCCCCAUCUUCCCGACUUUUGUGUGGACGGUCCGGGACUUCACACUGCAGCUGGAGGUGGAUGGGAAGGAAAUCUCUGAGGAUGAAUACUUGGAGAAUGCUCUCAAGUUAAAGGCUGGUAGCAGCCCAGAGACCCAACGCUACAACCAGCCCCGGGAAUGCAUCUGCCGGUUCUUUCGGGAUCGCAAGUGCUUUGUUUUUUACCAGCCGGCCCACAGGAGGGACCUGGUUCGCUUGGAGGAGCUUCAGGACGAUGAGAUCGAUUGUGAAUUCCGGGAGCAGGUGGAGAAAUUCUGCAGCCACAUCUGGGAAAAGUCUCCGCCUAAGACCAUCCCUUGCGGCCGCACCAUAACAGGGACCCUGCUGGGGAAACUGGCAGAGAGCUACGUGGAGACCAUCCGGAGCGGGGCAGUGCCGUGCCUGGAGAGCGCGGUGCUCGCCCUGGCAAAGACUGUAAAUGCAGCGGCAGUGAAAGAGGCUGUGACGUUGUACCAGGACCUGAUGGAGCGGCGAGUGAAGCUGCCGACGGAGACGGUUCAGGAGCUGCUGGAUCUGCACACCCAGUGCGAGCGGGAGACGCUGGAGCUGUUCCAGAAACAGGCGUUCGAGGAGGAGAUCUGCUCUUUCCUGGCAGAUCUUACAUGCCAGGUGGAGGCAAUCAAGGACAAGUUCUGCAGGGACAACGAGCAGGCGUCCCGUGAGAAGUGCGAGGCCGCGCUCAGGGACCUCUUCCAGGACUUGGACAGAAAAAUCACCGAUGGUGUCUACAAUGUGCCGGGGGGUCACCAGCUGUUCGAAGGAGACCAGCAGGCGCUGUUGGAGAAAUAUGGGGAACUGCCUGGCAAGGGGGUGAUGGCUGAUGCCGUCCUGCAGGAGUUCCUCCAACGCAGAGAGGCUCUGGACAAGAACAUCCUCAACAUAGACCUCGCCCUGGAAAAGAAGGACAAGGAGCUGAAAGAUGUGCAACAGCAGUAUGAGAAGGCUCAGCAGGAGUGGGAUGCCCGGUGGAAGCAGGAGGCUGAAGACAAGCAGAAGUUGCAGGACAAGUUGCACAGCACUGAAGAAGAGGUGGCUCGUCUGAGAAAGAAGCUGGAGGAUCAGCCUAAGAAGCGGCGGGAGGAGCACCCAAAGACCAGCAAACGUAAAUCGAAGGAAGAGAGCGGCUGUUCCAAUGGUGGCUUCGGUGGGAGUGGUGGCCCCUUUGGACGGGGUCCGGGACCCUUUGGUGGUAACGGAGGCCCCUUUGGAUGGGGUUCGGGGCACUCUGGAGGCUCUGGACAGGAGCAGGGAUAUGGCAAUAAUAACUGCAACUGGUGGAAAUUCUUCAAGCGACUAUUGAGGUGUUUUUCUUAUGUGUUUACGCUGAUUAUGGCAUUCCGCUGGAGGUAACCAUGAAGAUUUUCUUUAAAACCCCUCUAGUAACAAGGGAAGAGAGGUGUGUAGUGUCCCCACGUAGAAAUCUGUUAGAAUUUUUAAAGCUUUUCCUGCAAUAUGCUUGCCACGGAGUGCAGAAGUGACCGCCCUGUCUGCUUGUACCGCUCUAUCUGCUAUGUUCAUGUAUGUCUCCUCCGGGAGAAGAUGUUCUCCUCUUCCUUCCCAGAGCACCUGGUCUCUCACUCCAUCUGAAGGCACAGGGAACAUCUAAAGCCGGGGUGGCCCGGGGCACAGAAAGUCCAACAGACAGGUCUGGGAGCAUUUUGCCCGUCUCAGAACACGUCACGGAGGAACGUAGCACACCUCGUGUAGAGACCUCCUCACCAGGGCUACGGGAAACAUGACCAGCGAGGUUUAUGCCCGCUGGCUGAUAUCCUAGGGUCGCACUUUCUGCAGCUGCGGGAAGUAGCACGGAGGUUGUGAGUAAACCAGGAAUCCACGUGGUGAGCGCGACCUGGUUUGCUUGGCGUCAGUCCCAGGCAGAGUGACCCAGAAGGAGUGAGCCCGCGAUCCAGGGAGCGGCAGGUGAAAGGCAUCCUCUGCAAUGGAGCUUUUCCCACCCAAGGCUCUUCUCACUUUGAAGCCGUGAGGAAGUUCUGCCUGCCGUGAUGUCCUGCUCUCUACUCGCUCACCCCCUCUUCCCUCUCUUCACACCAGGAGAUCCCCAAGUGCCCCUUCCCUGUUUGCACAGGCAGCUUUUGCUUCACCUAUUAAACUGUCUUUAUCUCGA